AUGACAAGGCAAGCAUUUCCAGAUCUCACUUUGGCGGAUAAGAGGUUCUUCGUCAAUGAACCAGUGGACCUUGUCCUUGGCGGAGACAUUUAUCCCCAAAUUAUUUUAAGCGGCUUGAAGAAAAAUGUACUAAGUACACUUCUUGCCCAAGAGACUGUAUUCGGGUGGAUACUAACUGGUCGAGCUGAAACGGUCAACCCACCAAACAAAAUAGUUUCUCUUUUCAGCGAAGUCACACUGGACAAGCAACUAGCUGCCUUUUGGGAAUUGGAAGACAUCCCAAGAAAAGAAAGGCAGACAGAAGAUGACGUGUAUUGCGAGGAAUUAUAUCGGACCACCACGCAGCGCAACCAAGAUGGAAAAUAUGUCGUCACCUUACCCUUCAAACGGGAUUUUCCAUCAACCAUCAAGCUGGGACCGUCACUCAAGAGCGCCUGCUCUCAAUUCUUCCGGAAUGAGACGCGUCUCGCGAAAAAUCCGUCCCUGCAAAAGGAAUACACUAGAGUGGUGGCAGAAUAUGAAACGCUAGGUCAUAUGGAGAAAAUCACAACCAACAUACCUGCAGAUGCAACUGACCACUACUUCCUACCUCAUCAUGCCGUCAUGAAGGAAGAGAGCACCUCCACCAAAGUGCGCGUGGUAUUUAACGCCUCAUGCCCGACUGCCAAUGGAUUGAGCCUCAACGACGUCCUUCAUCCAGGUCCGGUAUUGCAAGCAGAUAUGACUGUCCUGAUCCUCCGCUGGCGAUUAUACAAGUAUGUCUUCAAUAGCGAUAUUGAGAAGAUGUACCGUCAGAUAAUGACCCAAUCAGUCUAUACGAAUUAA